AGCCCAGCAACCGGAGCCGUCCGCUCUUCCAAGACGGCGCCUGCAUUCUAAACGCAGGCGGCUGACGCACGCGCCUACCUACCCGCGAGUCGCGUCCCGUCGCUAGGCAACGAGCGUGCGCGCUCCAGCACCUUUGCAUUUGCUGGUGACUUCUGCUUGGUUCCUGUCCACUGAAAAACAUCGCACAUCUGAGAGCUGUGAGUUCAGUUUUAUUUGGGGACUUAACUGAAGACUCUAGCCCUGGAAACAGCUGCUCUGACAACUCUGAGAAACUGCUUCUGCUUGGAAGAGGAUGGAAACUGAAUACCUGAAGAGGUGCUUUGGAAAUUGCCUGGCCCAGGCUCUGGCAGAGGUGGCAAAGGUUCAGCCCAGUGACCCCAUAGAGUACCUGGCUCACUGGCUUUAUCAUUACAAGAAAACAGCGAUGGCAAAAGAAAAGGAUAAGCAAGAGAAGAUCCAGCUGCAGGAAGAAUAUGAAAAUAGCCUCAAAGAAACCAGAGUGACAGAAAUGCUGAUGCAAGAAGAGUGUGAGAUUCAACAGAAGUGUGAAAAGUGUCAUCCCGAGCCACUGAUAUCUGUAGCGAGUUCCACAAAGAAGACCAUGUUCAUGCAGGAGAACACAAAACCCCUUGAGAAGGAAGCCUUGAAGCAGGAAUCCCUGCCAGGAACUUCCAGUAUGAUUCCAGGAAUGCCUCAACAGAUUCCUUCUUCAGAGCCAUCUGUCCAGGUUGACUGGAACACUGAAACCCCACAAGACAUAAAUUACCAGGCUUUUCAGCAUGCAAUUGCUCCUGAAAUGUAUCCUGGCUCCAAAUCUCCUCCCUAG